AUGGUGUUGCGUUUUCAGGUGGUCGAAACAACUCACUGUACAGUGAACCAGGCGGAAAUUGCAUUGUAUGACAACAACAACGAUGUACAGGAGGCGGUUAAUGCAAUCCUGGAGGACAACUACCCGGACGAGAAUGUUUGGCAGGAGCAGAAGAGCAGACGAGCGAAACGAGCCGAAGCGGCCGAGGAGAUGAAUAAAAACGAGGAAUCGAACUCGUCGCACCGAAACCGCACAACGAACAGCACACGCGGCACAAACAACUAUGGUUAUGGUCGAGGACGAGGUACAGAACGAGGUCGAGGAGGUUACCGAGGUGGCCGAGGUGGCGGCGGUCGUGGUUAUGGUCGAGGACGAGGUACAGAACGGGGUCGAGGAGGUUACCGAGGUGGCCGAGGUGGCGGCGGUCGUGGUUCGUAUCGCGGUGGAUACCAGCAGACCUCGUCAUCAUCACAGCAGCAGCAACAGCAGCAGGGCCUGUUCAGCUGCAACGUGGGAAGCAAUGUAUGGGAUAAUUCGCAAGCACUAAAAAUCGACAUGGCGAAGGAUUGGACGAACGCAGCCGCCACUAUGAUCGAUGAUAGUGCCGAAGACACGGAAUGGGUACGUUCUUAUACGUUACGGUGUCCCGGUUCUUGUAAGCAUCCCGGCACAAAAAUUUGGCAUUUUUAG